AUGUCUCGCCAUCAUCCCGAUCUCGUCAUGUGUCGCAAACAAGCCGGCAUCUCCAUCGGCCGUCUCUGUGACAAGUGCGACGGCAAAUGCCCUGUUUGCGACUCAUACGUCCGUCCCACCACCCUCGCCCGCAUCUGCGACGAAUGCUCCUUCGGCAACUACCAGAACAAAUGCGUCGUGUGCGGUGGCGAAGGCAUCUCAGACGCCUUUUACUGCUUCGAGUGCACAAGAUUGGAGAAGGACAGGGAUGGGUGUCCGAAGAUUAUCAAUUUGGGUAGUUCGAGGACGGAUCUGUUCUACCAGAAGAAGAAUUUUCGGAAUCACUAG